AUGGGACGCCGAAAGUGUUCAGCUUCCACAGUAAAGCGACCAGGGGGGCCAGAUGCAACAACGGGAAGUAAUGAGGGUGCUCGCGAAGCACCUGUUGAAGGUGUGAUGAACGCUGCAGGUGAGCCAAACACUUCGGAAGCACAACCACUGCAGUCACAAGAAGGAGAAAAGGAUGGGGAAAAGGGCGUUGCUGCUGCUAUCACCGAGCACUUCAGCACUGUGGAGAUUUACUUCCAACCCGCCGCAGAAAAGCGGCGCGGUGGCUGUUUUUAUCCUCGUGAUAUUGGCACACUGCUGUUGUGGUCAGUACCAUCACCGGUACCGCUCGUUGAAGGCCCGCGUGUAAUUUUCGUCAAGAACAGAUCGAAACUCCGCGAUGUUGUUGUCUUAUACGUGAAUGGGUGGACACACGAUGAAAUGCUACUGGGCGCAACCGCUGCUCCCGCAAUCCAAAACACAGCCAACGGAGCACAGGGCAACAAGUCCUCGUUAAAAGGAAAGAACGGAAAGCGGCCACGAGAAGGUAAUGACGAAAAGGGUGCGACACAACGAAAUACGGUGGAAAGACAAUGUUCAGAGAGCAUUGGUCGGGCAAUGUUGUGCCCAAUACGCCAACAGCAGUGCUGGGCCCGACCGGAAUGCGGCGUGCAGUUCGCACCUAUGAUUGUGCAAGAGGGUAACUCGAGAGUCGAGCGGGAUAUAUUUUGGCGAGGCGGCAAACCCGCAACACCAGUGGGAGGGCAGCACUCACAGGAAGGUGAACAGCAGAGCAAUGGCGCCCGUGCGGCUGCAACUAAGGGAGAGAAUAGAAGUAGCGGAACCGAUUCAUCUGCACCCAGAGGGGUGGGAGCGCUUUUUAAUCGGGCACUAACAAUAGCUAAUGGCACGUCAAACACCAGUAGCGCUCAGAGUGACGACAAACUCCCAACGCCCCUUGAGUCUUUGAAGGUGUUAUCAUCACCACCUGGCGGAGGACCGUCGUUGUGGGAUGACCGAGAUCUGCUUUUAAAGUACGCGCUUUCUCUUGAGAGAGAUAAAGCGACUUUAGAAGCUUUAGGCUUUGCCGUGGGGGUACCGGACCAUGAUGAGCCGUCUACAUGGGAAUCUUUUGAUGCAGUCGGCAGUGCAGCGGAUGCAAAUUGUGCAGACAAAACAAAAAACUCACUUCCGAACGUUUUCGCCCUUGACUGUGAAAUGGUACUCGUAAAAAACAAUGUGAGUGCCCUGGCACGCGUCACGCUUGUUGAUGUGCGUGCGUCCAGUGUCGUUGUGGACACUUUGGUGAAGCCAGACGAAGAAGUGGUUGACUACGUUACACGAUUUAGUGGCAUCGACAGUGGUAUGCUCGAGGGCGUGACUACCACGUUGAAGGACUGUCAGCAGAAACUCAAGCGGUACGUCACAAAGGACGCCUUUCUUGUUGGUCAUAGCCUUGAAAACGACUUGCGUGCAUGUAAAAUGCUGCCAAACUGCUGGCUGUUGGACACCGCUCAUUUGUUUCCGCACCCGAGCGGGCUACCCUGUAAAAACUCUUUAAGGUACCUUGCUUUGCGAUACCUAAAGAAAAGCAUUCAACAGGGCUCACACGACAGUGAGAUAGAUGCUUGUACCAGUGCGGAGCUGGUGUACCUAAAGAUGCAGCAUGGCCCGGACUUCGGGCUGCACACGAGAGUAAACGUAUUGAAGCUUAUGGAGGAGGUGUCAGUGACUGGGGAGGCCAGUGACGAGCGACAGGGUGGUCCUCCCACUGUAAAUUCACCUAUUUCCGUUGAGUUAAACCUGUUUGACGACGCCUGCGUUCUUAGCGAUAUCGUUCCUAACAAUAGGGGUAAAGGGGGAGUGGCAGUUAAUGCGGUACCCGUACGGCACGACGGUGACGCGGUACGGAAAGCAGUACGGUGCUUAGAGAAGCGUCGUAAUGCACCAAAAGAUGCAGGUGAUGACGUAGCAGUUUCAUAUGCCUUGACGUGGGUGCAACUCACCCAGACCGUUGUGCCAAAAAACGCUGAGGUAGCGAACGAGGAAACCCCGUCAUGGGAGGAACUGCAGAGGGAACGAGUUGAUGAAACCAAUCGCCACGUCAUGCAAGUUGUUCAAGCAGCGCCGCACAACAGCCUCAUAGUCGUCGUGGUCGCCGGUUCUUCAAACGACACGAACAAAAGCAAAAAGUGCGGUGAGGACGCAGCUUCUGCCCCUGCAGGAGGAGCUGCUCCUCGCGGCGCAUGUUUUGCGUUCGUAAAGGACGACAACGCGGUGGGGCCACUCGCUGCGUGGCUUAAUAAGGGGCUUACGGACAACGGGGACGGCGCGAAGGAUGAGACGAACGCAUCCGAUGGGUUGCGCAGCAUCCCGGCAUGCGAGCAACAGUAA